AUGUCUGCCUCUCGCCCAUGGACAGGGCAGUCUGCUAGAACCUCUACUGUCCGCCCUACCACCGGUCAGUCUAGACCUGGAACAGGUCGUCCUACAACAGCCGCGUCCUCAAGGUACGAAGGUAGCUUCGUUCUCGCCGUUCUGGAGGGUAGAGGUGUCGCUCGCGAAGUGGGUAUGGCGGCGCUCGACCGAGACACAGGGAGGGUCAUGCUAAUACAGUUAGCGGACUGCCAGACAUACGUGAAAACACUUCAUCAAAUGCAUCUCCACACACCCUGCCUUGUGCUGGUCCCCGACACGUUUCUUUCCUCCUCCGAUAAUGCGGCUGCAUCCUCUGGGCGGAAAACCGACUAUACCUCUCUGCUGGUGCAGUGCAUCCAAGAGGAGUUUCCCUUUGUUCCGGUGGAGCCUGUUCUCCGCAAAUACUGGAACGAGGACGCUGGUCUGACCUUCGUCAGUCAACUAUGCGUCGAAGACGACGAACGCGCAGCCACGCUCGUCGCAGCUUCGAAAAAGUACUAUGCGCUUUCUGCUGCAUCUGCUCUCUUCAAACAUGCAGAGCUGAAGCUCAAUACGCGAUUUGCACCUGCCUCCCUUCGCGUGCGCUACCUCCCUGUGGAAGGGAGUAUGAUGAUCGAUCCGGAGACAGCGAGGAACCUUGAGUUGGUCGGCAACAUGACUUUCAAGAAAUCCUUGCAUUCUUUGUUCGGUGCACUUAACUACACUUACACCGCCAUGGCUGGUCGACUUCUGCGUGCUACCAUUUUGGCGCCUAUCACAGUGCAAUCCGCCAUUGAUGCCCGGUUAGAUGCUGUGGAAGAACUUGUUCAAUCUGAAGAUAUGUUCGGGGCCGUCAAGGAUGGUCUGAAACAAGUCAACAAGUUGGACUUCGACAAGCUGAUCUCUUGCCUUGCUGCGUCGGAAGCUCGCCCCACGAGCUCAGCCAAGGCCUCCUCAAACCGCAUCGCCCAAAUGCUAAACCUACGUUCCGUCGUAAGAAGUUUGCCCGCGUUGCAGAAAGCGCUUGAGGGCUCUAGGAGUCCGCUUCUGCAGCUUAUAUGCGAGAUGGUUUCCGAUGAGCGACUGCAGACGAUAGAAACUCUGGUUUGCGAUAGUCUGAACGAAGAUGCAACUCUGUCGAAGACUGGUAUCGGUGCUGUCAACGCUAGAGUUUAUGCCGUGAAGGCGAACCGUAACCCGCUACUUGAUGUCGCGCGCGAAACGUACAAGGAGAAUAUCGGAGACAUAUACGCGUUGCACCGUGCCCUUUGUGAGAAACAUGACCUGCCGAUGACUCUAGUGUAUCAGGAAGGAGGUUUUGUCUUCGCCAUCAAGAAGAGCGACAUGGAGAGUAUUGGUUCACUACCGUGGGGCUUUGUGAAUGUUUCAAUGCAGAAAGGAAGGUGGCUCUUCAACACGAUGGAAUUAAAAAAGCGCAAUGCUCGCAUGAAAGAUGCACUUGACGAAACCCUCAUUCUGAGUGACAGUACCAUCAACGGACUGGUGUCAGAAAUUCUACAGAACGUUGGAGCUCUCUACAAGGCAUCGGAGGCGGUUGCUCUCCAGGAUAUGCUUUGGUCAUUCGCACAUGUCUCUAUAUUGAGGAACUAUACUCGUCCAGAGUUCACAGGCACGCUUGCGAUUAAGGCGGGACGUCACCCAAUUUUAGAGACUGUUCAGACUGCUGGAACACUGGUUCCAAAUGAUGUAUAUUGCACAGACGGAUCGGAGUUUCAGAUGAUUCAGGGACCGAACAUGUCCGGCAAGAGCACCUAUCUGAAACAAAUCGCUCUCCUUGCAAUUGUCGCUAUGUGCGGCUGCUUCGUACCGGCCGAAUACGCUAGUUUCCGUGUACACCACUCUAUUCUCACCAGGCUGUCUAACGAUGACGAUAUGGAAAAAAACCUCAGCACAUUUGCUACCGAGAUGGAGUCGUCCGCCAUGAUUCUGGGCCUUGCAGACUCGCAGUCGCUGGUGCUCAUCGACGAGCUCGGCAGGGGAACUUCUCCGCGAGAGGGAAUCGGCAUCUCGCACGCGAUAGCAGAGGUAUUGAUACGAUUGAAAUGUUUUGUGUUCUUUGCGACUCACUUUCAUGAGUUGUCGGUCACUUUGUCUCGUCAGCCUUCCGUCGUUAAUCUCCAUCUGUCCGUUCAGAAAACACGACCAUCGGCGUCAAACUUCGGGAUGACUUUUCAAUACAAAAUUGUGGAUGGAGUCCUUACGGACAUGGACCACUACGGCCUGGAGCUAGCCCGUUUGGCCGACCUUCCUGUGGACGUCCUCACUGAGGCCAGGACCUGUGCAACCCGACUAGCAGAGCUCGACAGCCAGAGAAACCAGUCAAGCGAGUCAACGAAGAUUGCUGUCAGGAGGAAAGCCUUGCACAGGCUCAAAGCACAAUUGACGCAGACGCUGGAACAUUCGACGUUACCGAAGGAGGAAUUCCUAAAGUACCUGGCGAGGAUCAAGAGGGACACCAUUAGCGUGCUUAGUUCGACGAUAUAG